CCGCUAACGCCAAGCGCUUUGCUCUCGGCUUCAGGAAGACGAGCAGCAUGCUGGAGGUGGACGACGAGGGAGGGAGGAUGUUUCUGCGGGUGCUGAUCCACUUGACGAUGCACGACUACCCGCCGCUCAUCUCCGGCUCCCUGCAGCUCCUCUUCAAGCACUUCAGCCAGAGGCAGGAGGUCUUGCACACCUUCAAGCAGGUUCAGCUCCUGAUCUCAGCUCAGGACGUUGAGAACUACAAGGUGAUUAAGUCGGAGCUGGACAAGCUCCGUACCAUGGUAGAGAAAUCGGAACUCUGGGUGGACAAGAAAGGCAGCACCAAAGGAGACAACACAGUGGAGGGGAACAAGAAGGAGAAGAAAGAG